CCGUGAGCCCGUGACGGCGAUGCCGCGAGUGGCUGACUUACCGGUCCCACUUCUUGUUCUCGUGAUCUCUCUUAUCUAAAAGACCGCGGGUGGCUGACCACAACCGCUCGCCGGCAAUGGAGGCCUCCGCCGCCGGCGCCGCGGACCCGUUCUUCCCGAUCUACAUCUCCUCGGACGAGGAAGACGGGCACCCCUACUUCACCGAGUCGUACAGCCCCGAGGAGGUCCAGAUUCAGGAGGCCAUUUUCCUCUCCCUUGAUACCUCUCGCGCCCAGACGGCCAGCGCCGGCUCCGCAUCCUCCUCCUCUCACCCCGCCGGUGCCUCCUCCACCCCUGAGGCCGAUACCACCGACGCCCCUAAGGAAACUCCUCUGGAUCGCAAAGGAAAGCGCAAGCUUCAACCAGAAGACGACCGGAGCGACUCCAAAACGAAGCGGUCCAAGCGCAACCGCUUCAACUGCGCCAUCUGCUUCGAGAGGGUUCAGGCUGCGGAGAAGUUUGUUGUGAGUCACUGCGCUCACGCGUUCUGCAACAGCUGCGUCGGAAGGUAUGUCGCCGGCAAGGUCACCGAGAACGUAGCCGUGAUCGGGUGCCCUGACCCCGCGUGUGAGAUGGGGAUUAUUGAGAUGGAUCUGUGCCGGGAUAUCAUCCCGCCCGAACUAUUUGACCGGUGGAAUGUCGUGCUGUGCGAGGAGCUACUGGGUGAUGAUAAGUUUUACUGUCCGUUCAAGGAUUGCUCGGCACUGUUACUCAAUGACGGCUCGGUGAAGAUCAGGGAAACAGAGUGCCCCCACUGUCACAGGCUGUUCUGUGCUCGCUGCCGUGUGCCAUGGCAUACUGGGAUCAAGUGCAAGGAAUUUAAGAAGCUUGGGGAUGACGAGAAGGGGGAGAAUGAUUUGAUGCUUAAGAAGCUUGCUGACAAGGAGAAAUGGAAGAGGUGCCCCAAGUGCAGGAUGUAUGUUUCGCGAAAAUCUGGUUGCUUACUAAUAAGUUGCAGGUGCAAACAGUACUUCUGUUACCAUUGUGCUGCACCAAUGGAUAGGAAAACUCACUAUUGUGAGAAUUGCAAGCACUAGAGAAGUAGAUAAAGGGAUAAUAAGUAGAUAAAGGUCUUACUUAACGAUGCAGGCUUUGUGCGCAGUUGUAGGUGAUAUCUAAGUAGAAUUUCAUCCCCUUGUAGUGGAAGUAAGUUCCACCUUCCUGCCUUCAUGAUCUUUUUCAGCUGAAGUUCCUUAAAGCAUCCUGCAUCAUCAACUCCCUCUGUUUCCAAAAGUUUUAAGAUAACUUAAGUGAAUAUUCAAAUGACGCAUGUACCUAUGGAUUAGACUCAGUUAAGGAGUUUCUCCUUAACAAACUUAGCCAAAUCUGAGCAUCGGGCACCAUAUAGACUACCUUA